AUGGGACGCAUCCAACUCGCUCUCGUCGCCGCCUUGGCCCUCGUCACCAAGAGUGCCAGCGCCUUCACCAUUGGCACGGCCCCCGGUCUUGCUGCUGGCGCUACUGGCGGAGCGACCGGCAAGACGGUGUACCCGACCAACACCACCGAGUUGAUCGCGUACUUGAAUGCGACGGAGCCGCUCGUGGUCGUCCUGAACAAGACGUUCGACUUCCGCGGCACGGAGGGCACAGUAACUGAGACCGGUUGCCGUCCCCAGUACACACGCGAGUGUAUCGCAAAGAACAACGGCUUCAAGAGCCAGGAUGUGAUCAUCCAGAACGGCAACAUGGCGACCACGGGUGGCUGCGACAACGGUACGGAGACGACCGUCACCUACGACAAGGCCGCCAUCAAGCGCAUGACUGUGAAGGGGGACAAGACCAUCCGCGGUAUCGGCAAGAGCGGCGUCAUCAAGGGCAAGGGCAUGACCCUCAAGGGCCACAACAUUAUUAUCCAGAACAUCCACAUCACGGAGCUCAACCACCACUUGGUCUGGGGCGGCGACGCCAUCUACAUCCAGGGCACCGACAACAACACCACGCCCAUGAAGAACAUUUGGCUCGACCACAUCAAGAUCUCGCGUGUCGGCCGCCAGUUCAUCACGACUUACAAGGCCAGUACCGACUCCAUGACCAUCAGUAACUCGGACUUCGACGGCAACACCGACUACUCGGCGUCGUGCGACGGCCACCACUACUGGUCGUUCAUCUUCUACGGCGUGACCAAGUUCAGCAUGCUCAACAACUACAUCCACGGCACGUCGGGCCGCUCGCCCAAGAUCGGCGGUGACAGCGCUGCUAAGGUCGUCGCACACGUCGCCAACAACUGCUGGGGCAACAACUCGGGCCACUCAUUUGAGAUUGGCUCGAACGCCUGGGUUCUGGCUGAGGGCAACUACUUUACCAACACGAGAAUGCCUCUGUACAACAAGGGCGACGAGGGUGCACUGUAUGUCGCUGGCAGCGAAGAUGAGUGCCAGAGUCUGCUGGGCCGUGCGUGCGUGGCCAACGAGCUCGUGAAUAGCGGCAACUUCUCGUCUCGCAACGGCGAGACGGCGCUUCAGACCAUCAAGUCGCAACAGCAGGAGGGGGACCAGCAGCAAGUGCAGCAGUCCGAUGCUGGAACCGUGAAGCCGUCGACGGAGACGACUCAGUCGUCGAUCCAGGCGAGUGACGUGGAAAGCGUGUACGCCCAGACGACUGACAACUUCGGCGUCGGCAAGCUGGACUAA